AUGGGAGACUCAGCCAGCCCCCAUUCCUCAGCCCCGCCACCGACGACGGGAGGACGGCCACAGCCGCGCCUAGACACAAGAAACCUUGGUUCUCUACCGCCGAACGACCAUGUCGAUAUCCAUGGCCCACAUUCUCCUGCUCCGUCUCCUCGAGUCGCUGAGGAAUUCUCGACUGUGCAUGAACCUUAUAGAAGAUUUGGCACUCGACACACGCAGAAGCAUGACCUUGGCCCAAAAUGGCACAAGGAGUACUCCGAGAUAGACGUAUUCGGCGGGAGGGUCCUGAUCAUCGAUUUCGUCAAACAGGGCCCAUGGAGCAUGGAACUAAUUGCUUUCUCUUGGGCGUUAGAUGACUGCAAAGUCGGAAUGCGCAAAGUAGCCGCGCAGGAAAUCUACGACCUCGAACACCUCCGUAGGGUAUACACCAAUCAGGAACGAAAUGACGAAGCCGUGCUGCGUGUCUUCCAUGUCCAGAAUGCAGAGUGGGCCACCAAUUAUCUCCUUCGCAAGUUCAAUAUCGACAACCGAGACGAUCUUGUCGGCACCAACUUUGGCCGUUAUGUCCGCCACAGGCGCCCCGAACGACGCGGAGGGAAGCCCUUCCUGAGCGGGAAGACGUGGAAGGUACAAUAUGACCCCUGGCGCGGGAUUAGCAAGACGUCCUUUGGCCUGGAUUAUUUCAAACAACACCGUUGCCAUGAACCGACGGAGCGCAAAGCGAGGGCCCGGCAUGAGCAGGAUGAUAGCCUGAAGAUGAUGGAGCUGAAUUGUUUCGAUGAAAACGAUAAUCCCAAAUACGGCUAUGAUGUCUAUGUCCAACGCGUCAGUUGUUAUAUCCAACACAAACAGACCUCCAUUGAGGUACCUACGAAUCCGGAUAUCAAGAACCCUUACAUCAUUGAACCCGCGAAAACCGACAGUGCGAAAAAUCGCCUGAAGAACGAAUACAUCCCGCGCCUCAACACACUCGAUAACGGCAACGCUAUUCUCAUAUUUGAUAAUUCACACAACAACAGCAUCGAGGAUACCUUGAUUGGUGCACGAGGCGUCUGGGAAUCGCGCUGGCGCCGACUCCCUUUCUUCCUGGCAUUCGAAUCUCGCGACCUCGUUGCCACGGACGAGCAGCUUGCAUUCCAGUGCUCGAGGAUCAUCCUAGAGGAUAUUUUCAAGGCACUGGUGCUGGAGUGGGAUGCUUUUUUGGAUCUUGCAAUGGACCACGUUAGUAUUUUGGAAGACAAGAUCUACGAAGAGCCAGCCGACGAGACGAGGGCACCAGAGCUGUGGCUGAAUUCAAGUAUUUGGCUGAAGGUAGAAAAGCUGCUGUUUAUACAUAUUGAUAUUAUCAAAGAGAUGCGUCCAAGAUUAAGGGAAUUGGAUGAUGAUCUGGACACCGACGAUACGUGGCUCGACAGUAUCCCAGGAGAUUAUGAUAGACUUAGCACGUUGGUUGAAGAGGACUUGGUCAAGCCAACUAAGACUUUAAUUUCGCUACUCUAUCAAAGCGUGUCAAUUCGCGAUAGCAGACAUAGCAUCCAACUUGGAGUCAGCAUGUGGCGAUUGAGUUGGAUAACAUUUAUCUUCUUGCCCCUAACAUUCAUAGUUGGCUUUUUCGGUAUGAAUGUCGACACAUUUGCCGAUAACCCUAGCAUAAAGUGGUACUUUAUAUCAUGCGUGCCCUUCAUGCUCUGUGUGCUCGCCGCUUGGUACGUUGUCAAGCAUAUCAUCGCCCGCCAGCGCCAAACCCCUUACCAGCGUGGAAUUUAUGAGAACUUCUUUCACGAAAUGGCUACUGAGAACCCCUCCUUGUGGUCUCGUAUGGGUCCUCGUGAAUAUGUCCGCCCAGAGGGUCACAUCGCUCGCCUCAAAUGGCAUCUCGUCAAACGUUGGAGCGCGCCCGAAAGGACUAUUCUGGCGAGUCCCAAAUCGGACGACGAGGGUGUCGAUAGCCUGGGUGCCGUGUCGAAGCUUAAACGCUACUUGAUCUGUCGUUGGACUGCGCAGAUCGCUGCUAACCAGGCUGUCGAUCCAUCUUCUGCUAGCUCUCUCGAAGCCGGUCAGGUAGACUAUGGCAUAGAAGCUGAGGGCUUAGUCGAAGGGUCUCAUGUUGUUGCAGAAGGACUGGCAGAGGCGGCAGAGACACUGGUCAUACCGGCAACACCCGUCGUCGAAGGAGCGUUUGCAUUUGAAAAAUCUGCAAGUCAAUUGCCUGUACCCGCCACAGGAACUCAUGGUGGUGAAGAACGGCUCUCACGAAUAUGGUCCCGCCGCCACCUCAAUCAGAAUAGCAAUAGCAGCGACAAUAGGAGUAGUGGCAUCUUGGUUGAAGAGGAGGAUUUCCGCUGGCUCAGUGAGCAGGGAAAGGAAGGGAAGCGAUUCAAGUGGAGGUCAUCAAGUUCAAGAGAUCGGAGUGAGGCAAGGAAGGAAAUGGAGGCGGGAGAGGACGAAGCAGACAAGGAGAAUAAGCAAGAAGGGAAUGCGAGUGGUACUGAUGGUCAUGGAGGAGCUGUCACUAGCAAUGAUAAUGCUGGCGAGCAGAGCCCUGAGGAGACUCACCCAAAGACUUGA